AUGAAACAAAAUCAUGGAAAUCAUGGAAACCACAAAAGUUGUGGGAAUCAUGGAAGUUGUGGAGGUCAUGGAAUUCAUGGAAGUCGUGAAAGUCAUGAAGUUAUAGCAGUUGGUAGAGGUUGUGAUAAAAGUCAUGAAAAUAAUGAAGAUACCAAUUCU